AUGCAGAGCUCUGCAAUUUCAUUUUCGCCGUCGAUUUCUCUUACCAAGCCUAGAAAGCCUUCAAAUUCAAACCACCCCAGCUCUUUCUAUGGAUUUAACCCUAUAUCUCAAUUGUCGCCUUCGAGAUCACUUGGUUUUGGCUCUGUAGCGCUGUCUCGUCGACUGCCUUCAAUCAGUUGUUCGUCUUCGUCGAGACCGAAUGAUGGAUGGAUUUCGGCUCCUUCGCUUGUGCCGGAACGCGAAUCGGAAGGUGUUGAGGUCAGGGCAACGUCGGUGCCUGAGAGCGCUGGAGAGGUUCCCAAGUCGAAAGCAUUGCCUGAUACAUUGGUGCUCGGGUCGUUGUUUGGAUUUUGGUACCUUUUCAACAUCUACUUCAAUAUCUACAACAAGCAGGUUCUGAAAGUCUUUCAAUAUCCAGUAACUGUCACUUUGGUUCAAUUUGCUGUUGGGACUGUCCUUGUUACGUUGAUGUGGAUGUUUAAUCUCUACAAACGGCCUAAGAUCAGUGGUUCACAGCUUGCAGCUAUCCUUCCAUUGGCAGUGGUGCACACGUUAGGCAACCUUUUCACUAACAUGAGUCUUGGAAAAGUUUCUGUUUCGUUCACUCACACGAUUAAAGCUAUGGAGCCCUUCUUCUCCGUUGUCCUCUCUGCUAUGUUUCUUGGAGAGUUUCCUACCCUCUGGGUAGUUUCUUCCCUUGUCCCAAUUGUUGGUGGAGUGGCUUUGGCAUCAAUGACUGAGGCCUCUUUUAAUUGGGCUGGGUUUUGGAGUGCCAUGGCUUCCAAUUUGACGAAUCAAUCCCGCAAUGUCCUCAGCAAAAAGUUCAUGGUUAAGAAAGAGGAAUCGUUGGAUAACAUUACACUCUUCUCGAUAAUAACAAUUAUGUCCUUCAUCUUGUUGGCACCUGCUGCCAUUUUUAUGGAAGGAGUCAAGUUCACUCCUGCAUACCUGCAAUCUGCUGAAUUGAAUGUCAGACAGAUAUACACUAGGUCUCUCAUUGCUGCUCUUUGCUUCCAUGCAUAUCAGCAGGUUUCUUAUAUGAUAUUGCAGAGGGUAUCUCCAGUUACCCAUUCUGUGGGUAACUGUGUGAAGCGGGUGGUGGUGAUCGUUACCUCCGUUCUCUUCUUCCGCACACCUGUUUCACCUAUCAACUCUGUUGGUACUGGAGUGGCCCUUGCUGGAGUGUUUCUUUAUUCAAGGGUGAAGCGGAUUAAGUCAAAGCCCAAGACAGCUUGA